CCACCCUCGCUUUUUCCUCUCGCGCUCACUCCUCUCUCUCUCUCUGUCUAUCGCGCCAUGGAAUCCGUUGCUGGUUCCGUCUCCAGACCAGGAUUUGUGGAAACUUCUCGGUCGUUGCAAUCGUCGGCUUCUUCAUGCAGGGCGUCGUCGUGCUUCCUUGGGUUCGCGAAGAUCGCCCGGGCCGCCGAUUGUUUCAAUCAUGGUUGCAGUAUAUACAACUGUGAUCAUGGUUUCCGUCUGAGGGCGUCAGGUUUUCCGGUUCGGGCGGUCGCCAAAGAGACGAACGACUCAGGCGCCGACCAGGGGAUGCCGGAGAGCCUGUUCAGUUUGGCUUCUGAGCAACUGCAGAACUUCAACAAGCAGAAGGCAAUCAAAAGAAACCAAAAGAAAGCCAAGAAGAAUGCAAAGAUGAAACAAAAUACGGAGAUCAGUGUAACCCCUAGAACAUCCAAGAAGCAACUCAAAAAUGUUGCUCCAAGAAAAAGGAAAGGAACUAAGCACCUAUCUCAGGAUGAUUCAACUCAACUUGGAAGUCAAGCACGUUCUGGAGAAACUUUGGUGACAACAGUGCCUGUUGUUGGUGGAGCAAGUGGAGGAAGUCGUAGUGGACUUUUUAGGACACCAAUUUCUGGUGGUGUUCAGAGUGCUACUUCUGUUCAUGAUUUACCCAGGCCAGCUUUGGCAGUUCGCAAUCUAAUGGAGCAGGCCAGAUUUGCUCAUUUAUGUACGUUGAUGUCACGUAUGCAUCAUCAGAGGGAGGGAUACCCAUUUGGCUCUUUAGUUGAUUUUGCAUCAGACUCAAUGGGACAUCCAAUCUUUUCAUUUUCACCAUUGGCUAUCCACACAAGAAAUUUGCUAGUUGAUCCACGAUGCACACUUGUUGUCCAGGCCCCUGGAUGGAGUGGACUGUCAAAUGCACGUGUAACCAUUUUUGGAGAUGUUUAUCCACUUCCUGCAGAUAAACAGGAAUGGGCUCAUCAGCACUAUACCGCGAAACAUUAUCAAGGUGCUUCCCAACAAUGGGGGAAUUUAUACUAUUACAGGAUGGAAUCUAUCAGUGACAUCUACUUUAUUGGUGGCUUUGGCACCGUGGCAUGGGUGGAUGUCAAGGAAUAUGAAACCAUUCAUCCCGAUAAAAUUGCAGUUAAUGGUGGGGAGCAAAAUCUGAAAGAGCUGAAUGCAAUGUUCUCAAAGCCACUCAAAGAGCUUUUAUCAUCAGAAACAGAAAUAGAUGAUGCUGCUCUCAUUUCCAUAGACAGCAAAGGAACUGAUGUCCGUGUUAGACAGGGUACACAGUUCAAUGUUCAAAGAAUACCAUUUGAAGUUGGUCACGCGGUUGAAACUCUUGAGGAGGCGAAGGCUGCACUUCAAAAAUUGUUGGACAGGGGCUCUGGAAUGAAUUUACUUAAUUACCAAAGCUAACUAUUUGUUUAAUUAUGUUCCUCUGCUUGUUCUGGUAGGUAAAUGUUAAAUAAAUCGGUCUCUUUUAUUGUAGCCAACUGUGGAAAUGCAUGCCUAUUUAAAAUAAAAAGACACUAGAAAUGCCCCUCUCGAGGAGGUCAUCUUAUGCUCGUAAAAUCAGAUUAAUUUUUCUCCCAAAUAUAAUAAUGUCAUUCUCCUUAUGUUGCAAGACGAUGUAUGUUCUACCUGUCCCGGUUUUUUUUUUUCAUUGGAAUAAAUUCCUUUUCUUCA